AGAGGGGGAAAUAAAACACUGAAAAAAAUUUCAAUUGUGUUCUUGGCCUCUCCGAGUGCCCUUUCAUUCAGGGAGAAAUGUUCUUGGGUCAGCCCAAGAAUGCUGUUUUUCCAUUUAGCCAGGAUCUCAGUAGUCAACUGGCCAGCCUCUCCCUUGCUGGAAACAUAAUCCCUAUUCCUGACUCUGCCAUUGAGGAGGGGAAGGCUCUCUGGGCCGCAGAUAACCUUUGGAACGCCAGUGUUGAAAAUCAGGGCCAGAUGAAGAUGUACAUCCAUGAAGUGUGUCGGGAGACUGUGUCACUCUGCUGCAACUCAUUCCUGCAGCAGGCCGGACUCCAUGUGUUAGAACGCGCACAGACAGCUUCUCCCGGACACCCUGGCCUCCUAAGUGACCCUCUCCACCAGGAUGGGACUGAUCCACCCCAAACCAAAAUCCAAUCGGUGAUCGCGCACUUGUGUUCUCAUUCAGAGACUCUGCAGUGGGUGCUGUUGAAGAUCCAGCCUUCGCCGAUCACCACGUGUCUGGGUGAAAGUCACACUUGCCGAAUCCAGGACCACACUCUUGUUGGCCAGGCAGGGUUCCCACAGAGCUUGCAGGAAGCUCUUGGUCGUGCAGUCCACAGGCAGUGUGCGUUGUAA